AUGACUGCCCAGAUUGGAGCAACAUGGGCAAACUUGUUCAUGACUCUUGAGCUCCGUCAUGGACUUGACAUUAACAAUGGCAGCCACAUUUGGCUGCUCCAGCAUAUAUUUCUUCCUCUAAUCAACUUUGACCUCUUACUUUUUGCAGAAGGUUGGAAUGAGCAUCGUAUCCAAAUCAGGGAUGGACCAAAUAGGUCUCCUAAUGAUUUGUUUGGGUUCGACAUGCUUGUUCAUGGUGUACGGGGGGAUCCUCUCAAUGAGAUGAUGUCUCCUGAAGAGCUUGAGGUUUAUGGGAUUGAUUGGGAGGGUCUUCGUGACGAGCGUCUUCUUGAGUCUCAGCAACUGAACAAUGGGAUUGAAGAGGGUGCUACCUCUUGGAUUGGGCAAUCAGGACCUCCAGACCACCUCAACGAAGUCAGAGUUGACUCCCCCAACAACCCCUUCACUGAAGAAACUGUUGCCUGGUUGGAAGAUCUCAUAGCCCCUUGGAGAAAUGGUGUUGGUGCUGAUGAUGAAAGUCAUAUUGAGUUAUGGGCUCAUGCUCUUGCUAGUGCACAAUCUAUCUCUAAUGUAUUUUAA